CUCGAAUAUCGAAUAUCCAACUUGAAACUAACUUCACUGCGGUUCUUUUGUUUUGGUAAUUCAUUUUUCCAUUUCCGGAUAUGACUCAAUGAACGGUCUCGCGACCAGGAAGUUCCCACAGAACUGGUUAGACAUUCAUGUUCGUACUUCGUAGGGUGUCUUUGUCCUUCAUUAGCAUGUUGUUUUUAACUUGCAUUAAAGAGGAAUUCGUAUUUUGCUUUUGUAGAGUGUCGUUGUUCGUAGGAUUGGACGGCUGAAUUCCUAUUUUGCAGCGCAGCUAAGUUGCUAAAUAAUGCAUUAAUAACAUUUGGGUUAGCUGGCCCAGCUAGCGAGCGAGCUAGCAUCCGAUGUUGUUUUGAAUACUCGUUUUCCCUUUUUGCUAAAAAAAGUACUAAGCGAUAUUUGUUCCUGUUAAGUCUAUUGGAAUACUAUCAAUAUUAUAUGUGAUAGCAGCGACCAAAACUAAAGGUAGKACUUAUUAUUUAUGUUUGUUUACCAGCUAACUAGUUAGCUACAGCUAGCGGGUAACGUGAAACGACGGUCGCUGAUCACUUCGCUCUCCCUGGUCUGGUCUCUUGGGAUUUGUCCCCACCUGGAUCAUCUCCUGCUCUUAACAGCGUGUGUCUGAUGAGCUAUAGAAGCUCUGUGUAAACCGGUUCCAAUGCGCGGAAUGAUGGGAACUCAAAACAGUCCCGUCAAGAGCUACGACUAUCUCUUGAAAUUUCUUCUGGUGGGAGACAGCGAUGUGGGAAAAGGCGAAAUUCUGGAAAGUCUGCAGGACGGAUCCGUGGAGUCUCCUUACGUCUACAGCAGUGGAAUUGACUACAAGACCACCACUAUUCUGCUGGAUGGUAGAAGAGUUAAAUUAGAGCUGUGGGACACAUCAGGACAAGGCAGAUUCUGCACCAUCUUCAGGUCCUAUUCACGUGGAGCGCAGGGCAUCCUGCUCGUCUAUGACAUCACUAACAGCUGGUCAUUUGAUGGGAUUGAUCGUUGGAUUCGAGAAAUCGAUGAGCAUGCCCCAGGUGUUCCCAGGAUCCUGGUAGGAAACCGACUUCACCUGGCGUUCAAACGGCAGGUCCCAACAGAGCAGGCCAGGGCGUACGCAGAGAAGAACAGCAUGACGUUUUUUGAAGUCAGUCCUCUCUGCAACUUCAACGUCAUCGAGUCCUUCACAGAGCUGUCGCGCAUCGUGCUGAUGAGACACGGGAUGGAAAAGUUCUGGAGGCCCAACAGAGUCUUCAGCCUCCAAGACCUGUGCUGUCGUUCCAUCGUCUCCUGCACACCGGUGCACCUCAUCGACAAACUGCCGCUCCCCGUCGCCAUCAAGUCACACCUCAAGUCGUUCUCCAUGGCCAACGGCAUGAACGCCGUCAUGAUGCACGGACGCUCCUACUCUGUGACCAACAGCACAGCGUCUGGGGGCAGCGGUGGUGGGAGCAAAGCUAGCAGUCUCAAACGCUCCAAGUCCUUCAGGCCUCCACAGAGUCCUCCGAAGUACUCGUCGUCAUCCUCCAAGGGGAACUGCAAGAUAUCGUAAUGCAGCGGAGGAACUCCCUGCCUCCGUGGUGCCGAUAUUAAAAAUGUUUCCCUCACGARGCCAAGAAAGAGCACGGAGAACUCCCAGCUGUCAGAAAUGAAUACAUGAACUUCCUCUGAUCUUUGGGAGAACUGACUCGACAGGUGGCUCGGGUUCUGUUCUCUUUGUGCUUGCUGGUGCCAUCUUGUGGAUGUUCGUUUAGCUGUUGUCUUUACUACAGAGGCUCGCCGUGAUCAAGAUGAACAAGAGUUCCCUGGGGCCAACUAAUGUGAACUAAAGAUUAUCACUUGUUAACACUACAGAGAUGACUUUUAUUUUGGGGGUGAUAAAAGGAUCGUUCGGUGGUAUUUAAAGCUGGACUCAAAAGUGUACAUACUGUCUCUGUGUUGUGUUUGGUGAUCGUUGUGUGGAGGAGCAGCUUCUGCUUGUUCUGAAUGUUUUGAGAGACGUUUUGAUGUCGUGUGUCUUACGGGCUUUUUGUACAAUAGAAAAAUCCAUUUGUAACCUCAAGAGUGCUGCUGCACUUUUUAUUCAAAGCUCAGAUUCUCUUAGUAACRUUUAAACAAACAAAAGUUUUAAACCGGCAAAAUGAGCUUUCCAGACUCAAGAAUUUGGAAGUAAGUUACUCUGAUCAAAAUAGGUGAAUCAGAAUAUUUUGUUGUUCCCACUGGUUUCAUUCAUCUGUGCAAACUUGUUCUUUUAAAGCUCUAAAUCUUGUUUMUGGUGUACCUACUUUAACUGGAUUUUAACUAUCGACAGCAUGCUUACAUUUCAUCUCAAGACCGAUUGAURCCGAUGAGAAGAUUUUGUACAAACUCGUAAAGGUCAUUCGGUCUUUUUUUUUCAGCGUUUUUACCUUUAAAUUCAUACGGUCUUGUUAUGAAUUUGUAAAUCCGCGGGAUUUUGAGAUAUUUUAUGUACAUGCUAUGUAUUUAUGAAUGUAAAACAGUAUUCAACAGCUUAUUUUCUGCAGCCAUGUGGUGGGAUUGUGAGUCGGAGAGCUUCAGGGUACAUACCGGUAGAUGCAAUUCAUUGUCGGUGCUUGUUCUGCUGCUCAGCUUGUUUUCCUGCAUUCAUACACAUGUUGAAUAGUAAAAGGUUAAACAGUGGUUUGUUUAUUGUGGAAGACGUAUUUGAGAUACAAUUCAAGAAGCACGCAAUGAGCAUAUCAGAACAAUAAUGUUUAAGCUACUUAUUGCAUAGUAWGAAUCAAAGGUUAUCCAGAAUGGGACAGUUAGAAAGCAUUUACUCGAGUGGUGUUCUAAGUACAGUGAAUGCAUUUCUCAUUARAGGUGAAAGUUUUGAGUCACGUGACCAAACUUAAACAGGGUAAACACGUUGGCAUGACUCAUCGUUAAUCCAAACUAAUUAUAUUUUCAAAAGAAGUGAGUGACAUAAAUAAUUUUCCCUCCCCGCUGACAAACGCUCUGCAUUUUCAUUGUCUUUUAGUGUGUAACAAGGGCAUCCAGGGUGGUGAGAUUCUGCAUGCUUUUCUUUUUGAGACCUGAACAAAGACCACCGGAACAUUUAAAGCACUAAAUGGAAACUUUUAAUAGUGAUUGUUGCCAUCAGAGCUGUGUGUCAAGAAAAAAAAAAGGUUACAACAUAAACAUUGUCUCCUUUUGAAAACCAUUCAAAUAAAGGGUAAACUAUA